AUGGUUAAAUGCUGGGAUGCACAUCCAAAAAACAGGCCUGACGCUAAAACGAUUAUGAAAAAAAUGGAGAGUUUACUCCAAGAAAUUUAUGAAAAUGAUGGUGUUUAUGAAGAACUAAAACUUAUUCCAAUUAAAAUAUCUAAAAAGAUGAAGCUAAUAAAUUUGGUUAAAUCAAAACUUAAAUGUAAAAAGAACAAAAAGUUAUCUUCAGAGAUUAAGAACACGUUUUUAACAACUGAAAAGAGUAAAAGCACAUCUUUAACAAUGGUUGAAAAGGAUACAAGUCAAUUGUCAACUACUGAACUGGAUGAAAGUCUACUUUUGGUUACUGUACAAAAUAAAAGUCGUAUUUAUGAAUUUCAACAUUUGCAAGAGCCAAAAAUGCAUCUUAAG